UAACUGAGCGGUUCUUCUAUUAACUCCCCAAGUUGAAACCCUAGAAUUCAAUAUCGAAGAGGGUUCUUCGAAUCGUGCUAUCAUCCGCCGCUCGUCGAUUCCAGGCAUGACUUCCGAACUGAAGGCUAGAGGGAAGGAGUCCCCUAAAGCACCGGAGCCAGCUAAACCAUCCAAGGCACCAAAGCUCAUGUCGUCCGAGUCCCCUACUGAAUCAACGACGAAGAUGGGAACCUGCGUGCGCUGCCUAGCCGUUGGUGAGCUGAAACUCGUACCCAAGAACGACGAUUCCAAUUAUGUGGUCAAGAGCGACGAUUUCAAGGGCGAUGAAGAAUUGAAGCUCCGUGUCAUCCAUUACCGGAGGAAGAAGUGGAUCAGCGGUUGUUUUUAUGCUGAUUGUCCACCUAAUUACCCUAGUUUCGAGGGAAUCUACUACUACGAACAUUUGCCCGUAACUCCUGAUACGAAGCAGAAGCUUGACAAAUCUCUUCAAUUCGCCAUCGACAAAUAUAACAAAGAGAAGGGGGACAACUUGACUUUAGAUGGAAUUCUGCACACAAAUCUGGAGACUUAUGGUUCUAUGAUCUUCUAUAUAACUUUUAAAGGCUUCACUGAGAAGUUUGGUGUCCAGACUUACCAGACUGUGGUCACCUGUUCAAAGUAUUACACUGGCGGUCAUGUAGUUAAACUCUUCAGAAAUGGCAAAGGCGACUAUGAGGAUUUGUUGACCCCAAUAGAUUCUUCAUUCCAAGAGUAUACAAGGGUCAAAAAAGAGCUAAUAUACACCUUAGACGGUCAUGUGUUACCAUCUGACCCCUUUUAUGAAGACUUCAAAAGGAUCUGUGCAGAACAAAGGGAAAGAGAGAAUGCCAGAGUAAAAGAGCUGAUGUGAUAUUCCCUUCUCUUGAAGGUAGGGUGACAACUACGGUGUUGAACUGAGAAGUGGGGUAGUAUGGUCUCUAUGCUAUGGUAGCAAGAACCAGAAGCAAUAGUAUAAGUGGUUUAAUGUUGUGCAGACAUUUGAGUAGCAACUUGGUCUAUCUCUAUGUAUGGGUUUUUAAGGCUUGGACUUUCUUCUCUCCGAAGAAAAGGUUGGUAAAUUUAAGUAUUUAUGGCAUCAUUAUGUAGUAUUGCUCAGGUUUGUACGCUUAAGCACGUGCUUCUUAUAUUCCUCGGAAUGAUAAUUGUUCUCUAGCCCUUCCACCGAGAGCUGCUUCACAGCAAAAUCAGUUUGCCUUUUUUGCCUUGCCUUUUUUGCCAUAACCAUGAUUAUACAAUAAUAGCCAAAUUUUUUAGGAAAACGCAGAUAUAGUCAUUCCAUCUAUAAUAUUAAUGGUAAUGUCAUGGUUGCUGACUAGACAAACGAUUCUAGACAAACGAUGACGUGGCAAAAUAACUUUUAUUAUUAUUAAGUGAAACAAAAAAAACAAAUAAAAUCAUGGGACGGUUAAUCUCCCUCUUCAGUAGGGAUGGCAAUGGGUUGGGUUGGGGCGGGUUUUGUCAAACCCAAACCCAUGGGUUUAUCCGCCAAAAAAACCCGGGGUAAAACCCGUUGGGUUUGAAAAACUCAAACCCAACCCAACCUGCUGGGUAUCCGCGGGUUCAUGGGUACCUGUGGGUUUUUGUAGUAAAAAAUUUACAAUAACAAGUUUCUUACAAAAUAAAAGUUUAACAUCAAUUUUCUCAUACAAAUUAAUCAUACAAAAAAACACCAAUCUAGAGCAUACAAGCAAACCGCAAAUGAUCAAUACAAAUUGUUCAAAAUUAAAGAUAAACAUCUAUAAACAAAAGAUUAAUUGAAAGUUUCUUUCUCGUCAACUAAGUUUCUUCACUCUCCACUUCAUAAUAUCAACUUCAUUCUAAACAAUUAGAAAGAACAAAUUAUACAUGUCUCCACAAACAUAAAGAAUAUUAAUUGUUUAAGGAAGAUAUAUUAUUUAGAAUAUUAAAUAUACCGGAAAAAUAAUUAUAUGUGUGUGGGCGGGUACCCAUGGGUCGGGUUUACCUAAACCCAAACCCAACCCGACCCGGUGAAUAGUGUAGCGGGUUUAAACCCGAACUCGGCCCAAAACCCGUCAACACGGAUUUUACCCGCGUUGACCGGGUUGGGUCGGGUGGGUACCCGUGGGUUCGGGUUUUGUUGCCAUCCCUACUCUUCAGGGAAGCUCCGCCUGCUCUUUUCUUAUAGCUCUCCCCGAACUCUGACGUCGGCCUUCACACAAUUCCUCUCCACCACCUUUCUCCAUUCGGCCUCCCUGGCCUCCUUUUAAUCACCAUCAUCACUCUUGCUUCCUAACACCCGCACUCGUCCUUGGCAGCUUCCCCCCAUCGGAUACCGGCGGUCGAUUCCACCGAGCUUGCUGCCGAAGAUGAUGAAGAAAGGUCGGAGGAAAUCGUUUUCCAGAUUUCUGCUUCUCGUCGUACCCUUCGUCGUCGCAAAACUCCUUCCAAUCGACGCUGCUACUUGGCCACGAAAUUGAUUCACAGAUUAGGGAUUGUGGGUAAAAAUCCCUUUUCACCUAACUGCAACCCAAUUCCAUCCCUCUGCCUAGGGCGUCGACCAAAGAUAAAUACCUCAGCGAAUCUGGAGAUGGGCGCCGACACCGUCGAAUCUAGAUUUUCUUUUGGUGGGACGUCUCCGUUGUGGAUUAGUUGGAGAAGACGAUGUCGGGUACCCAACAAGACUUAGAUUCUCUUCUUCCCCCGAAAUUGUCCCCUCCCACACCGUGUUGGUUCCACCAGUGGUUCACGAGAAUGAUAUUCUCGACGAAGACGAGCAGAAACGGCGACAGAUAACCCAGCUCCGAGAUCCUAAUCCGCUUUUCGUGCCUUGCUAAAAAACCGAUCUUUGUUUA